ACGUGGUGCAUCAUCCCGCCAAUCAGAGGUAGCGGUGGAGAGGUGUUACGUUCUAUGUGCCGGUAGUUGUAGGCCCUCGUGAGUUAGCAUCUGUGGUCCUUGAGGUUUGCACGGAGUCCCAUCUCAUCAUGUUUCUGACCCGGUCUGAGUAUGACAGGGGGGUGAACACCUUCUCUCCAGAAGGCAGGCUUUUUCAAGUAGAAUAUGCAAUUGAAGCUAUAAAGCUUGGCUCCACAGCUAUUGGUAUCCAGACAUCCGAGGGAGUAUGCCUUGCUGUCGAAAAGAGAAUCACCUCACCUCUGAUGGAGCCCAGCAGCAUUGAGAAGAUUGUAGAAAUAGAUGCUCAUAUAGGUUGCGCCAUGAGUGGUCUGAUUGCAGAUGCAAAGACAUUAAUUGAUAAAGCUAGAGUUGAAACCCAGAAUCACUGGUUUACAUAUAAUGAGACAAUGACUGUAGAGAGUGUCACACAAGCGGUGUCUAACCUAGCAUUACAGUUUGGGGAAGAAGAUGCUGAUCCAGGAGCAAUGAGUCGACCAUUUGGAGUUGCUUUACUGUUUGGAGGAGCAGAUGAGAAAGGGCCUCAGCUUUUUCACAUGGAUCCUUCAGGGACUUUUGUACAGUGUGAUGCUCGUGCCAUUGGCUCUGCUUCUGAAGGGGCACAGAGUUCUUUACAAGAGGUCUAUCAUAAGUCAAUGACACUGAAAGAAGCCAUCAAAUCAUCACUCACAAUCCUAAAGCAGGUGAUGGAAGAGAAACUGAAUGCAACAAACAUUGAGCUUGCAACUGUAGAACCUGGGAAGAAGUUUCACAUGUACUGCAAAGAAGAGCUAGAAGAGGUUAUCAAGGAUAUCUGAGCAUCAACUAAAAUCAUGGUGAUUGGACCACAGCUGCCGAUUCCUGAGUUGAUUUUUCCAUGUAUUUUUUUCUUUGUUUUU